AUGGCUCAAACAAAACGCAUGCUAUGGGCGUCUUGUUUGAUCUUUGUCUUAGUUCAAUGCCAUCUACCAAGUGCAAAAUGCUCACAUGCUUUGUCAAAUAUUGGCAUAAACUGGGGUGCAUUGACAUCUCACCCUAUAAAUCCUUAUACUGUUGUUGAUCUCUUGAAGGACAACGGAAUCAAGAAAGUUAAAUUGUUCGAUGUAGAUUCUUGGACACUUGGUGCUCUUGCUGGUUCAGGCAUUGAAGUCAUGAUUGGUAUCCCUAAUGACCAAAUGGAAAGACUUUCUAACAGUGGCCAGGCUGAGCAAUGGGUCAAGCAAAAUCUCACCAAACAUCUACAUGGUGGUGUUGACAUCAGAUACAUAUCUGUUGGAAACGAGCCUUUCUUGGCGAGCUAUGAAAACAAGUAUAGAAGUUCUACAUUCCCAGCAAUGAAGAGUAUUCAGAAAGCUGUUGAGAAGGCAGGAGUUGCAGACCAAGUUAAGGUUACUUCGUGUUUGAAUGCCGAUGUGUUAGAUUCAGGUUCGGACAAGCCCUCGGACGGACAGUUUCGAAGUGACAUCAAAGAUGUGAUGAAAGAAAUACUCCAAUUCCUUAACGACAAUAACUCACCCUUCUUCAUCAACAUAUAUCCUUACCUUAGCCUUUAUUUGAAUCCAAAUUUUCCAGAGGAACUGGCAUUCUUUGACGCAGGUAGAUCAUUCGAAGAUAAGGGUGCAACUUACACAAAUGUGUUUGAUGCAAGUGUAGAUACCCUUGUUUGGGCACUAAAGAAGGAGGGCUACUCUGACAUGAAAAUCGUUGUUGGCGAAGUUGGAUGGCCGACGGACGGCCACAAAAGCGCCAACAAAGAUAAAGCAAGAAGAUUCUACCAUGGAUUCCUUAAGAAACUAGGAAACCAACAAGGAAGCCCUCUUCAUCCUGGAGUCUUGGAUGUGUAUCUCUUUGGUCUUUUUGAUGAGAAUCUCAAGAGCAUUGAACCCGGAAAGUUUGAGCGUCAUUGGGGAAUUUUCGAAUACGAUGGGAAGCCCAAGUUCCCUGUAGAUUUCUCUGGUAAAGGAGAAGAUCACAAAUGGCCAGUGGGAGCAAAAGGGGUAAGAUACCUAGAGAAGCAAUGGUGUGUGUUAAGCGAAGAUGUUAAAGAAUUUAGUGGUCCUGUUUAUGAGGCAUUAGGGUAUGCAUGUGCAAAUACUGAUUGUACAAGCUUAGGAUAUGGUUGUUCUUGUGCCGAUUUGGAUAUUCGUGGCAAUAUUUCUUAUGCUUUUAAUCAAUACUUUCAAGCAAGGGAUCAAAGCAUUGAGGCAUGCGAUUUCGAUGGACUGGCGGAAAUUGUAACAAGUGAUCCAUCAAAAGGGACUUGUAAGUUCCCAAUAGUCAUUGAGAGUGCUGCAACUUCUCUUCAGACACGUAAUGCAAUAAUCCAUAUCCUUCUUCUUGGCUUUGCUCUAUUUUUUGUGACGUUUAUGUGA